AUGAUAAUAGUGGAGGUGGUGGCGGUAGCGGUGGCGGUAGAGGUCGCGGGCGUCCUUGCAUAUGUAUUUGCGGUUGCAUUGGCCCCCUUUGCAGCACUCCUAAUCUUAACUGCGUUGGACCGGUCUGCCCACACGGUAGUGGUGGCGCAGGAGGUGGUGGUGGUGGUGGCGGUAGUCGUGAUCCCAAUGACCCGGAAGAGGGAGAGGAAGAGUGCACCACGAGAACUGUCACAGACCGCUGGGUCUCUUGUGACGCUCAGCGCACAACGAGUUGUACAACUUACUCCACUUCACUUGUCAGAGAAUGCUCAGCCACUGGUACAGCAACGACUACCAUAG